AUGAAGGACUAUGAAGUCCUUCGCGAUGAGAAGGCCGAGUUCACAGAACCUUGCUUUGACCUCGGCCUCGCACCUCUUCCCGGCAGGCACUGCAGCAUCCUGCUUGUUGUGCGCCCUGGCGACCUGCUUUUGCCCGAUGAGGAGCAGAUCGAGACCUUAUACCGCCACCUCGACCCCAAUACCUCCUCCAAGCUGCACGAGGAGGAGGCGGCCAAGGUUUUGAGGCAGGAGGUCGCCGGCACGGGGCUGCUGUCAGUCAACGUGCUCACAUGGUCGUUGGACCAUAUGGAUGACGUGCAUCGCAGCUACGACCCGCUCAUCGUCGAGAGCUCGAAGCUGGUCGGCGUGAAGGUGCUCCGACUGGAGUUGGUGAGGGUCCUGGAGAUGGCCGCGCUGAACACACGGGAAGCGUCAACCGUAGGUCGUGGCGUCGGAAUCGGCAUCGCUCUAGACGAGGAGGAGGAGGACGAGGAGCGUGAGGACGAUGACGUGAUGGUCACCGGUGAAGAGGAGGCAGUACAGUUCGCCGGUGAGAAGGUUGCGGAUAAGAGUGGUGGCAGCGGACCCAAGUCGGGCAAGAAGGCGCGGGGGAGCGUCGGCUCGACCACGACUAGGAUGGCGUCAAAGGCGGCUAUUGUGCAUCUGAAGGCGGCGGAGAGGGAGAACAAGAAGCUGAGGGAGGAGAAGCUGGUGGCGGAGAAGAGGCUGGAGUACCAGAUGGCCCGGAUGGAUAUGCUAUUCGGCGUGGUCAACUCGGCCGCGAACAAGCUCACGACGGUCGCCGACCGCGUGGCCUCUCACGAGCAGACGUCGGGGAGGAGCCUCAAAACGGCGGUGGACGCUAUGAGGGAGGUUGUACAGGAGGCGGUGAACUAUCGCGGCUCCCUCGUAGAAUUCAAGAUCACGAAGUGGCUGCCCAUCGAACAGGCCUUGCACUUGACGGCUGCUGCUGUGAACAGUAGGCGAUGGGAAGACAACGUCCUGCUGUUGCGAGGUGUGGCAGAUGCUCUGGGCGAGAAGAUCAAAACCGUCGUGUCUGCCGAUGUGAAGGCCGCCAUGGAGAGCGAGGCCCAGGGAAUCGCCGCCGCCGUGACUGCGAAAGUCGUUCAAGAGCUUAGGGACGACCUGGUGAAGGUGGUCACCUCCACGACCCAAUAG